CUGCCUAGCGUGCGCAUUUACGAUAUGGGCGUCGAGGGCGAGGUCGCUGGCUGGCACAUCGUUGCCCACCUACCUCCAGCCUUACUCAGUUCUUGACGUUAUACUGCUUGAUUCACUCAUUUGUAUCUCUGUCUGAGCGCGGACGAACUAUGCCUGGAUGUUGCGGAGAACCGGUUGACGAGACUACUCCAGAUGCCAACAACAGGGUAGUCACAGAUUUCACUCAGGUGGCAGUGGUGAAUCAGCAGCCAGGUGCUCAACAAGGUUUGCAAUGGCAAGAAAAGGCCUCGUAUCAGCCUCCAAAUGUUCCUACACCACCACCUACGCUGCAAUAUGGUCAGGCAAUAGCAAUGCAGAACAUGCAGCAGAUGCAGCAGGCCCCGUGGUUGCAAACUAACGGAACUAUGCAAGGGCAAUUCAACCCAUAUGCCCUAUCAGGCUCUCCAUCUCCUCCGCCGAUGAUGUCGACCGGUAUGUCUAAUGGGUCAACUACCUUGACCAAUGGGUCAUUUGUUACCGCCGCCGGUCACCCACCUUCUCAACCACCAUCAAGCUUUGGGGGUUCUCCUAUUAACGGCUACAGUCCACCGCAUAGUCCACCACUAACGCAGCCUAGCCCUGCGCAUACAUUUAAUAACGGCAUGAGUGUCAGUAUGUCAGUAUCGGGAAGAAAUUCUUCCCCAGGCAUGGCCUCCAAACCCGACUCGUUCGUGCCGCCAUCCACAGAUGAAGGGAAACUGUCGGUCUCAAUUGAUUUCGGUACUACCUUUUCUGGUGUUGCUUACGGGUCUUCCCGUAUUGCUGGUGGGAAGAUCCAGCAAAUCUUGAACUGGCCUGGAUCUUUUGAAACCUUCAGGAAAAUUCCGACAUGUCUUCUUUAUGACGAUAGAGGUCAAGUUAUUGCAUGGGGCGUAGAAGCGAAGAAUGCCAGUCCUCUUCCUGGAUCCGUCAAGUGUGAAUGGUUCAAGUUGUUCCUGGAGCCACAUGCACUCAGAGACGGAUCAGUAGAUCCUCGCCUUCCGUCACUUCCGCCGGGGAAGCAAGCCAUCGACUUGAUCAUCGAUUUCUUGACUUGUCUUUGGGAUUACGCAAAGCAGCAAAUUACUAGAGAAAUUGGUGCAGUCGCUGAUCUCGACUCCGCCGAUGUUUGGCUUACUGUCCCGGCUGCAUGGGACGCCCGGGGUUGUCAGAUCAUGAGGGAUGCUGCUAUAACUGCAGGUCUUGUGCACUCAUCACGAGCGGGAGAUGUAAAUUGGAGGGAUCGACUCAGGGUUAUCACUGAACCCGAGGCCGCCGCGGUCCACUGUGCCUACCUGACGGAUUUGCACAAGCUGAAACCUAACCAGAAUUUCAUGAUAUGUGACGCAGGUGGUGGUACUGUCGAUUUGGCCGUCUAUAAGAUUAUCGGCAUGAUGGCCAACCUUGAAAUAGCGGAGAUGUGCGCUCGUUCAGGCGCAAACUGCGGGUCGUUAUUUCUUGAUCUUAGAUUCCGUGAACUCGUGAAGACCCUUCUAGAGCGCCACCCCAUCCACUUGGAUCCGGCUUCUUUGGCAUACUUCAUGCACAACUUCAGCGAGACUGAGAAGUUGGCAUAUAUGGGUGAACAGGACGAUGACAAAAUGUUCCACUUCACAUGUUUCAACGUCGAUCCCGUUGACGACCACUCGGUCGGACUCAUCAACGGGGAAUUGGCCAUACCUGGCACGCUCCUCCGUAGGGAGGUUUUCGAUCCUGUGGUCAAUCAAGUGCUUGAGUUGAUCGAGGAGCAAUUGAAGAAGAUCGAUCAGAGAUUGGAUUGUCUAUUACUCGUUGGCGGUUUCUCAGGAAGCGAGUACCUUUUCCGCAAAACUCAGGAGCGCUUCGCGUCAAGAAUCAAAGCCAUAGCUCGUCCUCCCGAUUGCGACACAGCCACGUUGCGGGGCGCAGCUCAGUAUGGACUCGCUCGACGCCCUCUGGUGUCAAGUGUUAUUGCACCUUUAUCCUACAUGAUGAAGGUGAAGCUUCCUGCUGAGCCUCAAGACUUCUUGAAGCGUCCGGCAUACAUUCGAGAGAACGAUGCUGGCGUUUCUAUUUGCGAUAACAGAUUGCAAUACCUUGUAGCGAAAGGCGCCAUUUUACGCAAGGGGCAGCGACUGAAGCACAAAUUCUGGGCACUGACGUCUUUUUCUUUUUGUAUGCAUCAGCAAAUUCUCACAAACAACCCAAGACCGCAUGUUCGUUGCGACACUGUAUACUUCGGAUUCGGACCAGAUCAUGCGGUACACAGACGAGGGUGAGAUCAUGGAACUUUGUAAAUGGACCGUAGACCUCGGUGUUUUGCCGUCUUUCCAGCAAAACGUGAGCAUACCUCAGCCUAACGGAUUCUACACCGAGUUUGAGUUGGGAUUGGAACUCGAUAGUGCGGAAGUUCGAGGCAUCUUGAUAUACCAGGGACAAGAUUGGGGCCGAGUUGUCUUCGACUUCCGGUCGUAAUCCGCGGUUUCUUCCUUCCUCCGGGUAAGAUCCCAAGAUAGCACCCAAGAUGCCAGGAUAUCCAUAACUGCGAGGGUAUUAUUAUCUUUUGGGAACAGAUUUCACUCACAUUCCGUCGGGCUUUGGAUUCCUCGUGAGAUUUAUUGCAUUGGAGACUACUCUCAUACAGCGUUCGGUACCGAGUCUGGAUUAUAUUUCACAACUACUACGUCUUGCCUUAUCGUACCAUUUCUCACUCGAUUGGAUAAGCUCGUUCUUGCUCACGCUGUCUUAAAUUAUGCAUUCCUUGUGUAUAUCAUAUUUGCUGUGGAUCAUACUGCGCUGGGGAUCGUGACGUGAAAGGACCAGCCUCGAAAUUUAACACUAGGACUUAUCUAGCUC